AUUGCUAAAAAAGGAAAGUUCCAUCCCUGGCUGUUUUCGCAUAAGUAAGAGGGAAACUACAUACAGGUGUGGGGACAUACAUUGUACAGAAUGAGAAAGAGAAAAUGAACGAGGAGAUAGAAAAUGAGAAGGAGAGAAGAAGGGAGGAGAUAGAGAAUGACAAGGAGGGAAGGAGUGAGAAAGUAAAUACAGGAGGCAAGUUGCUCAAGCUGAGUUCUCGGCAGAAAUUCACCUUAAUGAACGGUGCGCUUUCCAACAUUGCCGUUAGCGUGAGCUACUCUGUAUUGCUGUCAUUUCUUCGAGAUGUGGCAAUGAAAAAGGGCGUGUCUCUAACUGGAGCAGGGGCAAUCCUUGGGUGUUACGAGGUGGCCUUGUUCUGCUGUUCCCUUACUAUUGGUUCACAGUUAUCUCGCGUAGGAGCGAGACGCUGUUUCUACACCGGGGCGCUUGUAACAGGUGUUAGUUCACUAGCUUUUGGUUUUUUAGAUGCCUGCCCUCCCGGUGACACUUUUCUUGCCCUUGCUAUAUCAAUACGUGUCCUAGAGUCAAUAGGUGCUUCCAUGUCUUUCACGUCCAACUUUGCCCUAGCAACGAGGGAGUUUAGAGACAACACAGCAACAGCAUAUGGGUUCUUGGAAACGUUUGCAGGACUUGGUCACGUCUUGGGCCCCUUGAUCGGUGGCGGCCUCUAUCAACUGGGAGGGUUUAGACUGCCGUUCUUCGUGUCGGGUCCACUGACGAUCAUCACAGCAACUGUAGCAUUUUUUACCUUACCAACCGAGAAAGAAGAGCAAGAUAUACCAAGAGACUACGGACAGCUAAUUAAAAUAGCAAAGAUACCGGUCAUACAUCUAGAACAAGUAGCCGUUUGGGUAGGAUAUGUUGGCUGGAGUGCUUUAAGUCCCACUCUAGGAGGCCAUUUACAGAAUGUAGAUUCCUCUGUUCAAGGCAACCAUAUCAUGAUCGGUUUGGCGUUUUCUCUGACUGGGACCUUUUACACGUGCUCGGUACUAUUGUUUGGUUUCAUAACAGACAAAUACAAUCAGUGUAAGGUAAUAAUAAUCUUGGGACUCAUCGUCAUGGCCGUAGCCUUAACUCUCAUUGGACCCUGGGCACCCUUCACUCACCUAUUCCCAAACGGCAAGGGAGCAUCAUGGGGAGUUUACUUGGGGCAAUGUUUAAAUGGAGUUGGAAACGCCUGUGUCAAUGUGGCUGUCUUGGCGGAUUGUAUAAAGGAAGCCGUGAAUUUUGUCGGGACGCUUAUUGGAGCAACAAUCGUGGAACAUAAUCCAUUCAGCACGUUAUCGGCAGUCCUUACGGGGCUCUGUCUGGGAGAAGCUGGUCUCCUUGUUCUAUACUGUGCGGUAGUUUAUGCAGUACUCACAAGGAGGCGUAACAGGUCCGAAUACAGCAGCAUUGAAAGUGAUAAUGCCAGUAACAGUGACACACAAAACGCCGAGGAAACAUUGCUACUGCCGCCAACCCCUUGCCCGAUAAUACAGAGUCAAUACGUGCAGCCAGAAAAAUAUAUGCCUAAUGAUGACGUCAGUUCUAACUAG